AAACUUUAUAAUCACACCGGGGCACCCCCACUUGGAAUUCAAUUCUCAUUUAACGACGUUAUGAAAUGUCUGACCCUAUAGUUCAGUCACAAAAUCUGCAUGUGUACAUCCUUUUGCUUACCUCUCCUCAUACAUCUCUCUUUAAUGCAUCGCAAGAAUAGAGAAAAAAUAGAGAGAGAAAUUCAAGAAUCCUAGGUUAGGCCCCCACCUCUUUAUUUUCCUUUUCAGUUUUGCAGUUCGAUUCCAAUAUAAAUACACAUUAUAGUCUCUAUUUUUACUCAGAGCGAACAACCAAUUUUCAAAUCUCCACCAUUCAAGAUCAAGUUCUCGUUUUCAACUUGUUUGUGUUAGGAUAAAGUUUAGAAGAAGGACCACAGGAAUAGCGUUACUUUUUCGGUGUUUCUGCUGUUGGUUACAAUUAUAAAUCUGUAUUCAAUGGCCAUUCAAGCACAGUGCUACUUGGAAAAUCUUGUAUUUCCUUUGGGAGGACCUCAGGAUUUGGUGAUGGACAAUAAUUGUGGAUUGAAUCAGUUAUAUUUUGACUCUCAACAACAGUUUGAUCCGUUACGGAAUUUGGUUCAAAGAAAUAUUAACCCUCAUCAAACAAUGGAUUUUUCUCAGGGUCCUGGUCCCCAGAUUGAGAAACAGAGGGCUGAGAUUGAUCGGUUCAUCUGUUUACAGAACGACAGAUUGAGAUUGGCUUUGCGAGAACAGAGAAAACAACAAAUUGCGUUAUUUAUCAAGAAAUAUGAACCCAAGAUUCAGCUUUUGCUCAAACAGAAGGAUGAAGAAGUAUUAAAGGCGGUAAACAGAAAAAUGGAGCUCGAAGAUUUUCUUAGAAAAAUGGAGAUUGAGAAUCAGACAUGGCAUAGAAUAGCGAAAGAAAACGAAGCGGCGAUCCUAUCGUUGAACAGUACAAUCCAACAGCUCAAAGAAAGUGCCCGUUUAUCAGCCAAUGAAACUGAAGAUGCAGAAUCCUACUGUAAUAUGAUCGAUCACAAAAAUGGUGAAGAAGAACAAAGAACGAGGACCAUGAUUUGCAGAAGCUGUGACAUUCGGAAUUCUUGCGUAAUCAUACUACCCUGCAGGCAUCUUUGUUCUUGCAAAGAUUGUGAAGUUUUUCUUGAUUCAUGUCCAGUAUGUAAAAUGGUAAAGAAAGCUAGCAUACGGGCAUUAAUUUGAUUCUCUUUGGAAAAUGAUGAAAUUAUAUUUUUCUUUUAUCAAGAAAUAGGAUUCAUUAUCCAUUGAUGUGAA